AUGGCAGCACUUGAGUCAUUAAACUUUAAUGCUGAAACGGCCAUCCAUUACAUACAUUGUGUUCUCUCCAAUGUUCCGAUGACGUUGGCGUUGUCAGAGGUGGCACCCAUGGUGGUGCCGAACCCAGAGAGCCCUAUUGUGAAGGAACUGGAGGCCAUUGGAUGCCGUAUUGUUCCGCAUCAACUUAACAUGUUUAAGGAGCCGCUUGAACGAAAAUUUGGAUUUGUUAAUUUUUUUAUCCAUGAAUCCUCGCGGGCCGAAAGUCAAGGGAAGGUGCAUGAGCUGGUGCUGCGGUGGAUCAGUCGGGAAUUGGCUGACCAGCUGGCAUCUGUUAAUGUAAGCGUCACUUUGGGGCAGCCAAAUGAAUGCUACUCGGCCGUUCCAUUUCUUCGGGCACUGCAUGAAGAGUGUUCCUUUUUGGAUGCUAGCAAAGUACGUGAUUCGAAGAAGUUGGAAACAUUUUUGCUGUCAAAGAUUCACUUUGAUGAUGCUGGGUCAAAUUUGCACAAAAACAACGGGGUUGAUGGGGUUGACGCUGAGGAGAAAAAAAGGGGGGAUGGCGCCCGUAGGGCUGUUGGCUCGUUUCGUAUAUCUUCUCUGGGUUGGAAGGAAUUGUUGUGGCUUAGUCGUGGGCACAGCGGUCUGCCGCCCAUUCUGAUCACAAACGGGAAUAUUAGCACGGCAACAUGCGACCAAGAAGCGCUUCGCAUCUUUUUUGAGGGAGCGCUCUUUCCACUUAUAAGAGUUCUUCCAUGA